CAAAAUAUGAACGGGCUAAAGCGACCAACGGAAGAGCGAAACGGAAGGUCGUCAAAGUUAUCAGGGAGACCCAGGAAGAAAAGCAUUUUUACCAGCAAGAAAUUGAAGCCAAGGAAGAACAGCUAAAGCAAGCCGGCGCCGAACUCCAGCAAGCAAAGGAGGAACGGGACCGGGCCGAAAAAGAGGCUGACGCUGCACUAAUCGAGUGUCAUCGACUUCGGGAAGCCCGGGAGCGAUCCGAAGCAAAGGCUCGACUUGUUGAGCAGGAAAUGGCGAGACUGAGGGAAGUGCUACGACCAUCGCAAAUGGCUUUGCACCGAGCUGAAGCCAAACAACUCCGGGCCGAGUUGAACGAGGCGAGAGCAGAGAUCGCAAGGUUACGUAGGCCUACCCCAAUGAACGAUCCAGAAACACCGCCGUAUUCGCCACAAUCUCCAGCGCCAUAUACGCAGCCAGCACCUAAACUCACCUAUCUGGUGGACCGUGUCAACAAUGCCCCGCCGGGUGCGAUAUCAAAUGACCCGGCCUUGACGACAUUGUUUAAAGAUGCCCCGCGCCCGCUGCGGCUCUAUUUUGCGCACCUGUUAGGACAGAUGCGGGACAACUACAGCAGCCAUGAAGUUGUAGCAGCCGCGUCUCGAAACUACCUCUACAACAACCAACCUCUUGCCCAACUUCAACAACCACUA